CACUACUAGCAAUAGCAGCCAGAGUGGGGAGGAGCGUAGGCGGCCAGCGGAGGUUGCUCGUGCCAUUCGUCGACUCGGGUGGCUCAGAGCAGGAGACGUCCACGGAAACUCAACGCAGCUGCCAUCCGCCAGACCGAUUAGAAACGGGGCAAGUUUUGAUGACCUUCUGUUGAGUGAUCUAUCGGAAGAUUGACGGAUUGACUGCUGAAGAGACCGCUGAAGAGUGGAUUCUCUUGUAUCGUAGACAACCUCUUUUUUUGGGACUAAAAGCAGCACCCCCAUACAUGGAGGCUGUCAUAGUGACUCACGUCAAGAAAACUUGAAUUGAGCAAGCGAGUAAUCCGGGGAUAACGCUUAUAUUAACGUUAUUCAGCUUCUCAAGCCAUGGGCUGUUAAAUCGUAGCGUUUGCGGUUGGACCCAUUUUUAUGAUCGAUCGGAGGGGAUUGCAGGGUAGUCGCCUGAAACCCGCCAACAAAGAGCGUAAAAGAGCAGAACCCAGAGAGUUGGGACUCUCCACACCACUCGGACCUAACGGGAUGAUGCGGCUCAGUGGCUUCCAAAGGAUUUCAUAGCUCAGUAUUGAACCCAGCGUUGAAGAUUUACCCCACAUACGCCCACAGGUGGAUCACCAGUGAACUCGUCCUCAACGGGGAUUUUCUUGGUUCUAACCCAAAAGAAAAAAGUUAGGACUGUGCUCCUCUGAUAUUGAUUAGUUUAUACUUCUACAAGUUACAGUAAUAACCACAAGGACUUGGUUUACUGACCCUGCCUGAUUUGACAACUACAAGAAGGAUUUGAACUAUAGAUGGUGACAGGAGCCUGCUCAGUGGGUGCACUGCCCUUCCCGAGCUGCUCUCUAUCUCCAGGUCAACCCAGAUAGUAGUUCUUCUGUCGGUCUGGUAUCAUCUCCCUGACGGUAUGGAUUCGACCACCAAUAAACUGGCGCUGCUGGGAUUGGUCCUGCUUGAUUUCGUUCUCCUCAUUUUUGGAGAAGAAGAGAUUCUGAUGAACACGAAGGCAGAAACGUCAGACCUCCGAUGGACCAUUUACCCGCGCACCAAACCUGAGUGGGAGCAGCUGAGCGGCCUGGACGAGGAGAACAACAGCGUGCGGACCUACGAGAUCUGCCAGGUGGACAGCGCGUCCAGCCACUGGCUGCGCAGCGUGAUCCUGCGGCGCGGCGCGUCCCAGGCCUACGUGGAGCUGACCUUCACCAUGAUGGAGUGCUCCUCGCACACCACCCACCACCGCAGCUGCAAGGAGACCUUCAACCUCUACUACUACCAGGCCGACUCCAACGAGGCCACGGACACGCACCCGCCGUGGAUGGAGAACCCCUACACCAAGGUGGACACGGUGGCCGCCGACUUCCUGCUGCGGAAGGGCGGGGAGCAGAAGUUCAACGUGAAGACGCUGCGCCUCGGGCCGCUCUCCAUGCAGGGCUUCUACCUGGCCUUCCAGGCGCAGGGGGCCUGCAUGGCGCUGCUGUCGGUGCGCGUCUUCUUCAAGAAGUGCCCGUCCAUGGUCAGCACGCUGUCCUCCUUCCCCGAGACGGUGCCCCGCACCCUGGUGCAGGAGGCCCAGGGCGUGUGCGUGGCGGACGCCGCCCAGCAGGGCCGGCCGCGGCCCCCCAAGCUCUUCUGCGGCGAGGACGGCCAGUGGGUGGGGCAGCCCACCACCUCCUGCGCCUGCCUGCCCGGCUUCGAGGCGGCGGACGGGAGCACCGUCUGCAACAAGUGUCCCGUGGGCCAGUUCAAGGCGGGUCUGGAAGGCCAGUGCACGGGCUGCCCCGGCUACAGCCACGCCGCCGGCAUCGGCUCCACCGUGUGCGCGUGUCGCCCCGGUUACCUGCGCGCCGAGUCGGACGCCCCCAACUCGCCGUGUACCCGCCCCCCGUCGGCGCCGCGCGGCAUCGUGCCCCGGGUCAACGAGACCACCCUGACGCUGGAGUGGAACGAGCCCCUGGACAGCGGCGGGCGCACCGACCUCAGCUACGCCGUGCGCUGCUCCAUGUGCGGCGUGCGGCGCGGCCAGUGCGCGCCCUGCGGCGACAGCGUCAGCUACCGGCCCGCCCAGCUGGGGCUGGUGGGCCGGCGGGCCGAGGUGUGGGGGCUGCUGCCCCACACCACCUACACCUUCUCCAUCGACGCGCUGAGCGGCGUGUCGGCCCUCAGUGGCAAGGCGCCGGCCUGGGACAGCAUCAACAUCACCACCAACCACGACGUGCCGGCGCUGGUCUCUGUGAUCCGGAAGAGCGUGUCGACGGAGAGCAGCUUGACGCUGCACUGGUCGGUGCCCACCCAGCCCCACUACACCAUCCUGCAGUACCAGCUGCGCUACUGCGAGAAGGAGCGUCAGAGCGGGGAGCAGUGUCACUACAAGGAGAGCCCCGGUAACCAGGUGGUUCUGAGCGACCUGCGGCGGGCCACGCAGUACGAGGUGCAGGUGCGCGCCCGCACCAUGGUGGGCUACGGCAGCUUCAGCCCCGCCGCCACCUUCCGCACGCUGCCCGACGGUCACGACUCUCCAUCCCAGAUCCUGGUCACCGGGGUGCUGGUUGCCGUGGGGUUGCUGCUGGUCAUCAUUGUCAUCUUCGCCGCCGUCUUCUGCAUGCGCAGACACAGACGAACCAAAGACCCAGAGCUGGCCGACAAAACCAGCCAGUACCUCAUGGGACAAGGGGUCAAGGUGUACAUUGACCCCUUCACCUACGAGGACCCGAAUGAGGCCGUGCGAGAGUUCGCCAAGGAAAUCGACGUCUCCUUUGUGAAGAUUGAAGAGGUUAUCGGAGCCGGGGAGUUUGGCGAGGUGUGUCGCGGGCGCCUCAAGGUCCCGGGGAAGAAGGAGAACUACGUGGCCAUCAAGACCCUCAAGGGCGGCUUCACCGACAAGCAGAGGCGGGACUUCCUGUCGGAGGCGUCCAUCAUGGGCCAGUUCCAGCACCCCAACAUCAUCCACCUGGAGGGCAUCAUCACGGCCAGCUGCCCCGUCAUGAUCCUCACAGAGUUCAUGGAGAACGGAGCGCUGGACUCCUUCCUCAGGCUCAACGACAGCCAGUUCACUCCCAUCCAGCUGGUGGGCAUGCUUCGGGGCAUCGCCUCGGGCAUGAAGUACCUGUCUGAGAUGAGCUACGUGCACCGGGACCUGGCCGCGCGCAACAUCCUCAUCAACAGCAACCUGGUGUGCAAGGUGUCCGACUUCGGCCUGUCCCGCUUCCUGCAGGAGAACUCGGCCGACCCCACCUACACCAGCUCUCUGGGCGGGAAAAUCCCCAUUCGCUGGACGGCUCCGGAGGCCAUCGCCUUCCGGAAGUUCACCUCGGCCUCGGACGUGUGGAGCUACGGCAUCGUGAUGUGGGAGGUCAUGUCGUUCGGAGAGCGGCCCUACUGGGACAUGAGCAACCAGGAUGUGAUCAACGCCAUCGAGCAGGACUACCGGCUGCCCCCGCCGCCCGACUGCCCCACCCACCUGCACCAGCUCAUGCUGGACUGCUGGCAGAAGGAGCGCACCUCGCGGCCGCGCUUCGCCGAAAUCGUCAGCGCCCUGGACAAGCUGAUCCGGAACCCCGCCUCCCUGAAGAUAGUGGCCCAGGACGGAGCCGGGCCUUCCUACCCCCUGCUGGACCAGCGCGGCACCCAGACCCUCUCCACGUGCGCCUCGGUGGGGGACUGGCUGAGGGCCAUCAAGAUGGAGCGCUACGAGGACAGCUUCCUGCACACCGGCUUCACCUCGGUGGAGCAGCUGGCCCACAUCACCACAGAUGACCUGCUCGCCGUGGGGGUGACCUUAGCCGGCCACCAGAGGAAGAUCCUGUCCAGCAUCCCGACGCUGACCACCACCACCACCGCCGCCGCCGCCAGCGCCAACAACACCACCACCACCACCUCCAACGGCUCCUCCUCCACCCUCAAGGGCCCCACGGCCGUGCCCUUCUAGGGCCCUCCCCCCCCACCCACCGCCACCAGCACUCACAGCGGGGGGGGGCCGGUGGGGGGUGGGGCGUCAUUAAACGCUGGGGUCUCCCCGUCCUGGAACCCGAUCCCCCUGGUGGGUGGUGCGGCCUCCCCAGGGGACUAAGUGUUCACGCCUGACUCCUUGAACAUUUAAGUGUUUCUAAACAUUGCAGAUGUUCUUCCGACCAUACCAGAUGUCCGUUUAAAAAAAACAAAAACAUCACCUGUACCCCCCCCCCCCCCCCCCCCCCCCCACCCCCUUCCCCGAUCAACGAAAACAACCACUCUUAGCCUCCUAACCCCCCCCCCCCCCCCCAAUCCAAUGACUUUAUGGGAAGCCUGGAGUGUAAAGAGAGUGCGCUCUGCAUCCAUCGGACGGCGGCGCCUGUCUGAACACCCGUCGUGUGUUUGUGUACAGCCCACGUCCGGGGACCCCAAAAACAAACACACAGCAAAACGAUUGGAGAACCCUUCAAUGCUAAUCGAAUGAGCAAAAUACCGAACUAGCCAUUAAGGCUAGGAAAUGUAAUCAAAGUGUAAUUACACAUCCUCUUCCCGACCGAAGGGAACGGGGGGGGUCGGGUGGAUUUUGCUAGUUUUGUAUCGAGAGGCGAUGUGGAGCGUCAUCAGGCCGGUGUUUCAUUCACCCUAUGUGUCUUGUACUGUUGCAUCGCAUCACAUGUUGGACAGCUCUUAGAAGAACGAAAGACAGGACUUGUAUUCCCUCUUUUUCUUUUGUUUUUUGUAUUCCUCGUCGUCUACUCAGGUGUGUAAAACAGACUUUGGAGCGUCUUGUUUUCUUCCGUUGGCUUCCUCAGAUCUUCCACCGUUCUUGAUUUCGCCGUCCUGUCAUUCUGAGAGAAGAGAGGGAUGUAAAAAAAAAAAACAGCAACAUUCCCGCACUUUGGUCUUUAUUUCCGGUUGGAAAAAGCGGUCGGUUGUUGUUGACCCGGACGCGCUGUGUUUCUGGCGGAGUGCCGUACGCCACAUCAAUCAAACAGCUCAGCUUUCAAACACAUCGACCAAGAGGACUCGAAUGGGAGAACAAGCAAAACACGGACUGAGAUCUUCAAGGAGAAGAAUCUGGCAACACAUCCGUUAGAGAUUGUUCGUUUUUAAGUUUCAAAGUAUUCUGUGUUUUUCUUUAUCGUUCUGUUGGAUGUUUCAAGUGCCAUUCGUAGUGUACAUGUAGUUAAAAAAAAUUGCCUGUUUGAUAACGGAUCACCCAAGUCGUUUUUUGGACUCAUACGGUGUUUGUUCAAAAUGUACCUUCCAGCAGUAAUCUGGAUGCCUUCAUGUUGAAAUCUUCUCUGCUGGGCUUUGUUCUUCAGUCACUCAUCACUGUGGUCUUUACAUCCUCGCUAUUGUCGAACGAGGGGCUUCCCCGAUAAUGUCAAUAAGCCGGUUGGCAGCUAGCCUUUCACGUACAAUGCCAAACAUGUUCCUACUAAGAUGGUGCUCGUGAUAAGCUAAGACUCGCGAUGACAACUGCCAAGCGAAGACAAAUGUCAGCAUUCCAGAUAUCCAGAUAUUAAUUUCAACGUGUCAUUUUGCAUCUCUUCAACGAUAAUCCCAGCAUUUGUAUCUUCUAUCAUAAUGUCACUCCGGCCCAGUUUGGUGUACUUUCUUCCUGCAUUUUAUUCCAAAUACUAUUUAAGUAACUAAUAAGAGAAAAAUAGAUUCAUAUCUACACAUCAACAGUUACACAACGACUGUGAUUAUCGUUAAGCCGUGCAAUGAUUGUGCAAAAAUGUGGUCCUCAUAUUGAAGAUCUCGAUUAGCCUUUUAAAUAAUUGAUAAAGUUAGCUUUGAUUACCAUUCUGUGUGUAGCCAUUCAGUAUUAAAAUAAAGGUUGACAUGUGUUUUUGCCAUCGAG